AUGCAAAAAAGUGAUAUUAGAAAAGCUAAUCCUUAUGAUUUAGAUCCAGAAGUUAAAUCUAUUCUAAAAAUAGAAACUUUUCAACAAGGAAAGUUUACAACUCAUGAUUUCGUGGAAAAAACUUCUACAAAUCUGUUAAAACAUGCCAAUCCAAAAACAUUUGAUCCAAAACCGUUUAUAAGAACUUUUGAAAGAUCAAUCGAUGAAUUGUUAAAGCUUCGUGAAAGUGUACAAGAAGAAAGUAAGAUAUUCGAGGCAACUGUGCAAUUAACGGAAGAUGGACAUCGUAAAAAAUUACUUGAAUUAAAAACAGCUUUUGAAGAUGUUGUACAUUCUUUUGAAUCAUUAGAAACUAGAAUUAACGAAGUUGGUAACACUGCUAUAAGAAUCGGCGAACAAUUGGAAAUAAUUGAUAAACAAAGACUUCGUGCAUCUGAAUCAAAGGAUCUCAUUGAAUAUUUUAUGGCUUUUAAUCGUGGUGACAUUGCAAAAUUAGAAAAUCUUCGUACAUAUGGCGGAAAAGAUGGACAAUUAAAGGCUGCAGUUAUUGCUAGAAGAUUAAAUGCCAUUGCAAAAGAUGUUGACAUUCCUGGCGCUGAAGCUGCAAGAGAACGUAUUGAGAAAUAUUGUGAAAUUUUAGAAAAAGAGUUGCUUGAACAUUUUGAUAGAGCGUAUAAAGAACGAAAUUUAAAAACCAUGCAGCAUUAUGCAAAAACAUUGCAAGAAUUCAAUGGUUGUGAAUCAUGUGUAAAAUUAUAUGUAAAUCAACAUCAAUUUUUUAUAACAAAAAUCAACGUUGGUGAAAAAAAAGAGUUUCUUUCUAGUCCAGGUUGGGAUGAUCUACCAAAUCCUCGAAUUCCUCCUCCUCCUAUCGAUCAAGGGCUCAUUGUAUUUUAUGAAGAGAUUAAAAAUACCGUGAUAAAAGAAGCUAUUAAUAUCAAUGCUGUUUUUCCAAAUCCAAUUGGCGUGAUGCAAGUUUUUCUGCAACAAAGUCUUUUAUCGCAUGCUGAAAAUAAUUCAACUUUGGCUUACUUAAGAUCAUUGGCAGCUGUUCGUGCAGCAACCACAGACCUAGUUACGAGUUUAAAAAGUGUAGAAAUACGUCAAGAAGGAAGUACCAAAGAUAAUAUAAAUACUAAAAAUGAGGAAGACACAAAAAAAAAUAAUACAAUAGCAGAAGUAUUGGAUCAAUGUAUUGAAGAUUUGUUUGUUCCAUAUACUGAAGGUGAACGUUACCUGGAGAAAGAAAAAAGAUCUCUUAUGGAAUUGUAUUCUUCCUUGCUUCUUAAAUUUACUGCCUAUCAUGCACAACAAAAACAUGCAAGAAGUGGAAGUUUAUUUCAACGUGCAGUUAAUCAAAUAACAUCGUCAUCAAAUCCUAAUCAAUUUGGUGGAGCCAAUCUAAUGGAAAUUCCAGUAACUGAUGAUGAUGGAAAUUUAGGAGUAGACACUGGUACACUUAUGCUUAAAAUUCAUGCAGAAGCAAGUAAACGUUCUGUAAAAUUGUGUCCUCCAUCUGAACUUCCAAAAAUAGCUAGUGCUUUGUUUAAUGUCUUGUUAGAUUUUAUUGGAAGACAAUAUGUGGAUGUGGCUUUAGAAUCAUGUUUAGAGCUUAUGGCUGCAAUGGAUUCAAAAAGUGAAACAGAUUUUAGCGUCUUCGCUGUUGUAAAGGUGGCAAGAGAUAUCAUACACUUGGAACAAAAUCAUUUCCAAGCAGUAAUCUUGCCUUUAGCGUCUCCUUCGUUAGCAAUUCAUCGUGAGAUCACAUCUGAUAAGAAUAAGUUUAUGAUGGGAGUAGAAAAUAAGAUGAAUUCUGCUGUUCAAAAAAUGAUAGAUGCUAUAAUUGCAAGAUUGUCUUUUUUCUUAUCUCGUCAAAAAAGAGCUGAUUUUAAACCAAAAGAUGAAGAAGAUCUUAUAACAAAUAUUGCAACUAUGCCUUGUAAUAAUUGUGUUGAGUAUAUUAAAAAAGUUAAUGUAAAUAUGAACAAAUAUCUUGACGGCAAGAAUUUUGAAAAUUUUUUGACCGAAGUAGGAAUUUUGUUUCACAGCAUGUUAUUAGAUCAUUUCAAAAAAUUUACUGUCAGUCCCACUGGAUGUCUUAUCUUGUCAAAGGAUAUUACCAAAUAUCAAGAAACCUUUGCAUCUUUCAAAAUUCCUCAAUUAGAUGAGCGAUUUGAGUUAUUGCAUCAAUUAGGAAGCUUGUUUGUCGUAAAGCCUGAAAUACUUAAAUCAGUUCUUAAUGAAGGUUACCUUGCCAAACUUGAGAUUAGAUAUGUUAUUCCCUACCUUCAAAUGCGCACUGAUUUCAAAUCAGCUGGUAUUGAUAGUCUGCUGGGCGCAUCUGCAGAAACUGGUAGUAAUGAAAGAAAUUUCCAUGAUAAAGCUAGAGCUAGAUUAACAUCAAUGGGACUUAAUAUUGGUUUUGGUGAAAGCGGAAGAAAAUGGAUGACACUUGCAUAA